UUUUUAUACUCAUUAGUCAUCGGUAAGGGUUUUAGCUUCCGCUUCGCUUUCUCUUUCGCUUCUCUCUCUCUUCGCUCAUGGCCACAAGCCUCUGCUCUACCGCUGCUUCUACUUCUCUCACAUACCCACUUGCCUCACCUUUCAAACUCAAAUAAUACCACCUCAAAUUCCAAUCUUAUUUACUGGGUUGCCACCAAAAACCCAACAAAACGGCUCUUCUUCUUUGUAGAGGCACUACUUGCAGCUGCGUUAAGCUGGGGAGAAUUACACAGGUGGUAGCUAUGGGGCUCUCCACCACCCAAAUUAGUCCACUGAGACCAACUUGCCCCUCUUAUUUCAAAAUUUCGCGGUCUUAUUCUCGUUUUGCCUCUCUCGGUUCUAUCUCUCGGCCCUUCUCUAAUGCACUUCACAGGUUUUGGGUAGAAAUGCCUUCGGGGGCAAUAGAUGGCCUGGAAAGAAUAGGCCAGAAGAAGAUAUUAGCUUCCAAAAGUUACACUACAACCUUCAGUCAGGGGGUUGCCACAAGACUCGAUCACAGCACUAAAAGCUCGUGGAGUCAAAAUACUAAAAGCUUGCAAGAAAGUAAAAAGUUACAAAAGAGUGGAAGCCCACAGCAAUAUAAAAUGGAAUAUACUGAAGUUAAUAAUGAAUGCAUAGAAGUCGGUACUUCUUAUUCAGUUGUGCCUGAAUCCAUGGUUGCUGGUAAAAAAUGCAUGCUGACAUAUGAUAAAUCCAGUAGUCAGAAACAAGUAUUUUCAAGAAAUGGUAGAGACCAUUUUGUUGACAGUAAAGAUCCUGUUUCAUCAGUUCUAUUCAGUAGUGACGUCGAGAGUAGUGGUAGUGAAAAUAUAGCGCUGGAUUAUGUGAACGGUGAAGAAAUUGAUAAUAAAAGGCCAAACAGUUCAUAUCUAAAAAGCAUCCAAAGAGAGAGUGAACGAACCGAAUUGAAGACUGGUGUUAGUGGAAAUAUGGCCUUGGAUAAUAUGAAUGAUAAAGCAAUAUAUAAUAAAAGGCCAAAUAGUGUAUUUUUGAAAACCAUCCCAAGAGAAAGUGCACAAACUGAAUUGAAGACUGAUGGUAGUGGAUAUAUGGCACUGGAUAAUGUGACUGGUCAUGCAAUUUAUGAUAAAAGGCCAAACAAUUUAUCUUCAAAAAAUAUCACGAGAGAGAGUGCAGAGAUUAAUGGAUUGAUGAUGUUGAAAAGCAAUAUGCCUCUAGAUAGUAUGAAUUGUGAGGCAAUUGAUAAAAGAAGGCCUAAUGGUUUCUUUUUGACCAAAAUUUCUAAUAUUCGUGCGCGUACUGAUGAAUCAUUGUCUGUGAGGAUAUUGGAGCACCGGCAAGAAGAAGCUUCCAAUGAAAUUGAGCAUGCAAGUGCUGGUCAAAUUGAAAGUAAAAGUAACCAGAUCAAGGGAAACCUUGCUGCAGUUAGUGAUGUUGACAAUUCUUUCAGCGCCAAAGAGGGAUCUCGCUAUCCAGAUAUUAAAAAGAAGCUUCUUAGUAUCUAUAGCAAAGUUCUCGUAGUGAAUAAUGUCUCUAUGGCGGAAGAGGUUGUAAGAAAGCUUACACAUGAAUACAGGCAUCUUAUCCAUGCAUGUGAUACUGAGGUGGCCAAGAUUGAGGUUAAGCAAGAAACGCCUGUUGACCAUGGAGAGGUAAUAUGCUUCAGUAUUUAUUCAGGACCAGAGGCAGAUUUUGGAAACGGGAAAUCCUGUAUCUGGGUAGAUAUUCUGGAUGGUGGCUGUGAUCUUUUGAAUAAAUUUGCUCCAUUUUUCAAGGACCCGUCCAUCAAAAAGGUUUGGCACAACUACAGUUUUGAUAACCAUGUCAUUGAAAACUAUGACAUUCCUGUUUCUGGUUUUCAUGCUGACACGAUGCACAUGGCACGCUUAUGGAAUUCAUCAAGACGGACAGAUGGUGGCUAUUCUCUUGAAGCUCUUACCGGUGACAAAAGAGUCAUGAAUGGGGUUCAAUCACACUAUGAAGAGUUGAUUGGUAAAGUGUCAAUGAAAACUAUUUUUGGCAAGAACAAGGUGAAAAAAGAUGGAUCUGAAGGCAAAAUGAUCACCAUUGCUCCUGUUGAAGAGCUACAAAGAGAAGAACGAGAAUCAUGGAUAUGUUAUUCUGCUUUAGAUGCAAUAAGCACCUGGCAGCUUUAUGAAAGUUUGAAGAACAAAUUAUGUAGAAUGCCAUGGAAACUUGAUGGAAAACCAUCUGGAAACAUGUUUGACUUCUAUAAGAAAUACUGGCAACCAUUUGGUGAAAUUCUGGUUAGAAUGGAAAGGGAGGGGAUACUCAUUAAUCGAGCAUAUCUUGCUGAGAUAGAGAAGGUUGCCAAAGCAGAACAGGAGGUUGCUGCUAAUAGAUUUCGCAAUUGGGCAAGCAAGUACUGCCCUGAUGCCAAGUAUAUGAAUGUUGGAAGUGAUACACAACUCCGCCAGUUGUUUUUUGGUGGGAUUGAGAACAGAAAGAAUCCUGAUGAUAGCCUUGAAUAUUCAAAAACAUUUAAAAUUCUCAAUGUUGAUAAAGUGAUUGAAGAAGGGAAGAAGGCUGCUACAAAAUAUCGCAGUAUCACAUUGCAUAGAAUUGGUAAUUUUCAUGCUGAGAUGUUCACAGCAACUGGUCGGCCCUCAGUCAGUGGAGAUGCUUUGAAGGCCUUAGCUGGAAAGGUCACUGCAGAAUAUGAUUUUAUUGAUGAUGCUGUUGUGGAUGAAUGCGAGUUAGAGGCAGGUGAAGAUUCGGAAAUAAAAGUGUCAUGUGACCUCAAGGAUGUAGAUACUUCUGCUUAUGGCUCGGCUCUGAAAGCAUAUACAUCACUAGAAGAAGGGAUUGAAGCUUGUCAUGCUAUUGCUUCCUUGUGUGAAGUUUGUGCUAUUGACUCUUUGAUAUCCAACUUCAUCCUUCCCUUACAGGGGAAUAAUGUAUCAGGCAAGGAUAAACGUGUUCAUUGUUCCCUGAAUAUCAAUACGGAAACUGGACGCUUAUCCGCUAGAAGGCCGAAUUUGCAGAAUCAGCCUGCUUUGGAGAAGGACAGGUAUAAGAUACGUCAGGCAUUUAUUGCUGCACCUGGAAAUUCCCUUAUUGUUGCUGAUUAUGGGCAGCUGGAACUCAGGAUUCUUGCACAUCUUGCUGACUGCAAGAGCAUGUUGGAAGCCUUCAAAGCUGGUGGAGAUUUUCAUUCAAGAACAGCAAUGAACAUGUAUCCACAUAUUCGUGAAGCUGUUGAUAAAAGGGAAGUGCUUCUUGAGUGGUAUCCUCAACCUGGUGAGGAUGAACCCCCAGCUCCUCUAUUGAAGGAUGCAUUCGGUUCUGAAAGAAGAAAGGCUAAAAUGCUCAAUUUUUCUAUUGCAUAUGGAAAAACGCCAGUGGGGCUUUCCCGGGAUUGGAAGGUUUCUGUAGAGGAAGCUAAGGCAACUGUUGAUCUCUGGUAUAAGGAAAGACAGGAAGUACUUAAAUGGCAAGAAGAUCGCAAGCAAGAAGCUAGAAAACAUGGACGUGUUCACACAUUGCUUGGGCGGGCUCGCGUUUUCCCAUCAAUGGCUCAUGCAAGUCAUGCACAAAAAGGUCAUAUUGAGCGGGCUGCUAUAAAUACACCAGUGCAGGGCAGUGCCGCAGAUGUAGCCAUGUGUGCCAUGUUACAAAUAUCAAACAAUGAACGUCUGAAGGAGCUCAAAUGGAAACUACUUCUACAGAUUCAUGAUGAAGUAAUCUUGGAAGGACCUACUGAAUCAGCGGAGGAGGCUAAGGCCAUAGUUGUGGAGUGCAUGUCCAAACCCUUUGACGGAGUGAAUAAUCUUAAAGUCGACUUAUCUGUUGAUGCUAAAUGUGCUCAGAAUUGGUACUCUGCCAAGUAAAAUUGUGGUUCCUUUGCCACAAUUAGAGCUCAAUUUUUGUUCAAAUCUCAUUAUGAGGUCUCUUAUAACCUUGAGAACGUAGAUCUGUUUUCCAUUGCUACCUCCACUUCCGUGUGAAGGUUACAUAGCCCAGGAUUUUGGCUGCAGAAAUUGGUUUCCGUGAUAUUACAGCAAAGCGCAAUUGUCAUUAUAGACCAGCAGUCUCAGUUGAGGGUAGAUGAGCAUCCUUUGAGAAUGCAUUUUCUGCGGCUUUGGUGGCCUUUCGCAACUUUAGGGAAGCUAACAAUUGAAGACUAUAUCUUUAAUUGUGAUGAGUUUACAUUAUCAAUUUUUCUGUAAAUUCAUGAAAUUUUUGACUGCAAAUGUAUAUAUACCCACCUCUCUGUAAAUCACACUCUUAUGAGGAAAGCAUGGCAUUUCUAUUUUGGGUUAAGAGCUUAUGCCCACAA